UAUAAAAAGGCAUAGCAUGGGGGAGGGAGGGCUGCCGUGCAGCAGGAACUGUGCAGACACACACACACGGGGAUCCAGGGACAGCAGCCCCCUUGCACUGGGAACUAGAGCCGCAGCGCGAAAGAGAGUUGAAGGAAAACACUCAUCAAACGCAACACAAUGGCAGACAAAAUUAAAGAUGCCAAGAUCAUCUUUGUUGUGGGUGGGCCUGGCUCUGGAAAGGGCACCCAGUGUGAGAAAAUAGUUGCAAAGUAUGGCUACACCCACCUGUCAUCUGGAGAUCUGCUCCGUGCUGAGGUGGCUUCUGGCUCUGAGAGGGGCAAGCAGCUCCAGGCCAUCAUGCAGAAGGGAGAGCUUGUACCCCUGGACACCGUCUUGGACAUGAUUAAAGACGCAAUGAUCGCCAAGGCUGAUGUCUCCAAGGGCUUCCUUAUUGAUGGCUACCCCCGAGAGGUCAAGCAGGGCGAGGAGUUUGAGAAGAAGAUCGGCAAACCCUGCCUGCUGCUGUACGUUGACGCAAAAGGAGAGACCAUGGUCAAGAGGCUUUUGAAGCGGGGUGAGACCAGCGGCCGUUCUGAUGACAAUGAGGAGACAAUCAAGAAGCGCCUUGACUUGUAUUACAAAGCAACUGAGCCAGUCAUCGCCUUUUAUGAGAGCCGUGGCAUUGUCAGGAAGGUUGACUCCGAGCUGCCAGUGGAUGAGGUCUUCAGCCAAGUGGCCAAGGCUAUUGAUGCACUGUAGUAAAACAACAUAACUGGAUGAGCUGUUUCUGGUUGUUGUUGUUUUAUUUAUUUUUUUUAUUUUCUCAGAAUUCAUUUUCAUAUGGACAAAACAUGAAGAACAACAGAAAUAAUUCCCUUCCUACUCAUUUUGGUUAAAAUACUAAAGGCCAUUAAGCAUCAAAGAUGCCUUAACUCUCCUUCUACUCCAGCAAUAGGAAUUUAUAGUUUUAAGCUCAAAAAACAAUGAAUAUGCUUAAAGCAGCGGCAUCUGGAAACCCUUUUGUUUCUGUAUGUAAGUCUGACAUCCAUUCUGUGAUUAACAUGUAUGUGGAUUUACCCAAGUCACAUCUCAAAAGGUACUGUACACAGGAGGUGUCAAACAUCUCCUGACCUUUAAGAAACUGUGCUCACUCUUGGGCAAACCUGCACUUUACACAAUCUUUUUCCCCCUCUUUCAAACCUGCCAUACAGAGUCCAGAGUUCGUGGAAAAAUAAUAGUCUCCUUUAUGAUUGUGCCAUUGAGCAAUGGCAGAGAUCACCCACUGUGGACAAACUGGUGAAACUCAGUAAACAUGUACAUGUACAUUGACUUCUGUAUUACAACCACCAUGGACUUCAUACAUUUGCAACUAUAUUUAAAGCACAGAAAGGUUCUAUUUUUUUCAUCAAGAUGUACACUUUAAAGUGGUAUAUGUAACAAAAAGGAAAUUAAAGUAAUGAAAAACAUAA